AUGGCGCAACGACUUGUAGCACAUGGGGCGCUGCAGAGGUUGCCCUACGUCCGCACGGCGUCAGAGAUCCAAGAGAUGAGGUUCUGGCGCGCGCCCGUGCGCGAGAGUUACCGCAUCGCUGACCCCGUCAAGCGCGCCAAGAACCACACGUCGCGGCUCAUCAAUGGACAGCUGGCGAAGCUCUCGAGCGUGACGCGGCACGUCUCGCUGGAGUUCCCGGCGUUGAGGCACUUGCACCCGUUCGAGCACGAAGUGGCUGUGCUUACACUGGGUCAAGGAGUCUACGAGAAACACGUGCAGCUGCUGCGAAGAGUGUACGCGACACUGCACAACACGGGCAAGCAGUAUGAACGCGCGUGUCAGGAGCUACGUACGAAGCAAGAGGCGGUCGACUGUGGGCUGCGCUGCACCGAGGAGCUCAAGAAAGUCGUGGACAGCAACGCAGAAACGCUGCGGGCAGCUGCGAACAUGGCAAAGACGCUUCGCGGGCUUCCUCACGUGGACUUGGAGAAGCCCAUCUUUGCCUUUGUUGGAGCCCCCAACGUGGGAAAGUCCACACUAGUGCGUGCUCUGUCGACGGCUUCUCCAGAGGUAGCAAACUACCCGUUUACCACGCGCGGUAUAACGAUGGGUCACAUAUUCGUUGAAGGCAUUUCGUACCAGAUUGCGGACACACCCGGAUUGAUUUUCCGACCAGAGGAACAGCGAAAUUCCAUCGAAAAGCUGGCGAUUGCCAUGAUCGAGAAGACGCAAGCCUCGAUCGGCUUCGUGUUCGACCCAACCGACUCUUCUGGCACGUCCACAGCAGACCAAGUUUUGCUCCGCGACGAACUUCGAUACCGUGUGACGAAAGCGCGUCCUGAGCACAAGUGGGUUGACAUCGUGUCGAAGAUCGACCAGCCGUCGCAAGAUUUGCAGUCGCUUAAAGAGAGAUUUCGGUCGUCUUCGCACUUUUUCGUCUCGGCCCAGACGAAUGAGGGUCUGAUGGCGCUGGGAAACGCAAUGCGUCAAGUCUUAAUUCAGUCGGAUGCAGCAGCAGCUAAUUUUAUGCAAUAA